UCAGGAUAAUUUUUGUUCCCAAAAAUGAAGAUGCUUUUAAGCCUUAGUGUGAUUUUGGAUAUUUUUGGCACAUUAGUGAUAUCAGAAAGUAGUACUGAUACUACACUCAAAGUAGACAAGACAUCUGUGGUGAAAGGAAAACAAGAAACUCUGCCUCCUUGCCAAGCUUGCCGUUUACUAGCAAAUUCAUUUAAGAAGGGUUUAGAAGAAACUGCAAGAGGAAAGUUUGAAGGUGGUGAUGCCUCAUGGGAAGAAAGUCGAUUAAAAGCAUAUUCUGAUAGUGAAAUUAGACUUGUUGAGAUACAAGAAAAAUUAUGCUCUCAUGAAGCAAAGGCAGCAGAACAAUGUCAUCGCUUAGCUGAAGAGCAUGAAUCUCUUAUUGAAGAGUGGUGGUUCAAAGAAAGGAGCUCUUUUCCAGAUAUCUUUUAUUUCCUAUGCAUUGAUAAACUUCAAGUGUGCUGUCCUGAAAAUCAUUAUGGACCAGACUGUAAACCAUGUAGUGGUGGCUUGAUUAAUUCAUGUAGUGGGCAUGGUCAUUGUAAGGGUGCUGGAACUAGAAAAGGUUCAGGACAGUGUCGUUGCGACAUUGGAUAUACUGGAGAAUUUUGCGAUCAGUGCAAAGUUGGAUAUUAUAAUGAUACUUCUAGUGGUACUUCUUGGCAGUGUUCAAAGUGUGAUAAAUCAUGUAAAGGCCAUUGUCGGAAAGCUGGACCAAAAGGAUGUGAAGUUUGCGUUGAUGGCUACCAGUAUUCUGUUGAUCUUGGUUGUAUUGAUCUGAACGAAUGUAUCGAUCUAAGCUUAUCUGCAUGCAAGCAUGGCACAUUUUGUGUGAACACCAUUGGCUCAUAUCGCUGUGUUGAAUGUGAUAAAUCCUGCAAUGGCUGUACUGGUGAUGGCCCUGAUAUGUGCGAAGCAUGUGCAGAAGGAUAUGUAUACCAAGAGCCCCUUUGCAUUGAAAACAAAGCAUGGCAACGAUCUGUGCAUAUAGAAAUAGCAAGAUAUGCAACAUAUUUAGGACUGUGCAUUGCUACUUGCAUUAUAUUUCGUCGUAGUAUGUUUUUGGCAAGUAUCAUUGGCGUAUUUGUAGCAGUAUACAUUGGACUUUCAGAAUAUACUGUUGGCGAGUGGGAUAAGCGCUCUCUUAUAAAAUCUAUUAAAUCAUUAGCAUUUUUAUGACUGAAAGCUUUCAUUAUAAUUAGUGUGUGGAAUUAUUCUCAAUUAUUAUACUGUAUGUUUUUUCAUGUACAAUUUUGUUUAUAUGACUCUGUGCAUUUAAUUGUAUUGUUAUUUAAUAAGACUUAUAUCAGGUCUAAACUAAAAAUUUUGCUUUUUUAAAUUUAGCA